AUGGGCAACGCUGCCCUUGCCCGUGCCCUCUCGCCUGUGCCCCUCACCGCGCGGCUCUCAGAGCUGCUCACCACCCUCGAAGAUGCCAUCGCCAAGACCGUCGAUACUGUCAACGCCGUCAUGCAAACCUGGGAUGCGAUUCACCGUGAGUUUUUCGUCACUGCCGUCAUGCCCAACGUGACUGGUGACGUUCGGCUUCUUCUCUUCCCGGCCUGGGCUGUUGUACACGUAGGUAACGAUAUUCUUGCCUUUGUCUGCCAGCGUCGUCUUGCCGCUGAGGUUAAUACCCGCGGCGGAUCCGACCUCUCCCGUCUCAAUACUCUCGCUGGGUUACUGAAUUGGCCUCACGCUGUGUUUUAUUUUGUGUUGAGGAAGCACAUCACCAACAACAAGAUCAUCCAGGCGUUUCGCGUGGUGUGCGGGCUGCCUGACGCCGUGACCUUCGUCGCUUUCUACGGGAAAGCCGAGACCGUGCGUUGUGAAAUGGGGACUGUCAAUCGUGAGGUAAAGCGUGUCCCUGUGAUCCGCGACACCCUCAAGAGUCUGGGUGCCACCGACGUCUGGCCUGGCUCCAAAGCCGGUUCCCGGGCAGGCUCCCUUGGUCCUUCAUCGAUCGACGCCCACAACCUCAUGACCCUCUCCUUUCUCCUCUCAACCGUUUGCAAUCACCAACACGUCCCCCUCGGUCCUCUUCAACCUCUGUUUCACUUCCACAACAACAUCGUUCGCGACAGCCUCGCUCGCCCCUCGCUAUCUCAUCUCUUCAGCACUCCCAACCUCUCGCUGUCUUCGAUGACCAACUUCCAUCUAGCACUGCAACUCCCGAGGUAG